AUGCAUGAUCCACCCUGCUUUUGGAUACGACCAUACCUCUAUAUAUGGCUUGGUGUAUUAAUCGCCUUUUGCGACGACUCGCGAAUACGGUACAAUUUCUUACCUGAAUUUCUUCCAGUCUGUCUGAUUGAUGCUGGACGGUCAACGCCAAACUCAGUUUGUACAGCUAUUGUUCGGAAACACCAAAGUAAUAUCGACAAUGUUUUGUCAACAAGACCGUCAGAACAGACAGGAAUUUCAUGA